UCUCAGGAACGAUAACUCUUGAAGAUAUUAACCACAGAUAAACACCUCUUUAGCAGAGAUCAGUCUGAGAAAAGUUAACUUCACAAUGCCUAGAAGAAGAAGAAAUAGGAGAAGAGGAAACUCCAGUCGCAAUUCUGGUUCUGCAGCUACGACAGAGCAAUCUGACGGAGAAACAGAAAAUGUUACACAGUCGUCUGGUGGGGAAAAUGAUAACCCUACACCUAAUGUUGCACUGCCACAAGUUUCAGAAUAUCUAACAGAGAGUGGGGGUAGUUUUCAUACAAUUGACAGCUCUACAGUGUCAUUGGCCAAUGACAUUCAAUCACUUAUCAACGAUUAUGGACAACGACUUCAACUUUUGUCAGAAAGGAAGGGGAAUCUCAUGCAGACAUCUCGUAAUGUGAGGGCAGAGUUUGAUGAGCGCCUGGAUAAAUUACAAAAGGAACUGACAGAAAAAGUCCAGCAGAAUUACAGAGAUGAAAGGAAGCGGCUAGAAUUAAAAAUGCAACAAUGUGCUGCCAUGCAAUCUAACAUGGAUGCAGCUAGGGCGUCAGCAGAAUUAGCGAUGACUUCAGGUGAUCCUCACGAAGUCAUAGCUUCUUACAAGAAAGGAAUGGAAGCAAUGAAACAAAGUCAGGAUACCAUGGAGGAAUUGAAGAAGACACAUUCAAAUGUAAAAAUUACUCAUAAGCUUGAUGCUGAAGGCUUUGAGAAUGGUGGUUUAUCCCUAGGAACUAUUGAAGUCACGAGGACAAAGAGGGAGUUUCCUCAGAUUGCCAGUGAAUCUGAACCAGCAGGAGGAGAAAAAUAAUUGGAACAGAGCUUCAGUACUGGACAGCUUCAAGUGAGAAGUUUAUUGUUGAACUGUACUGUAGCUUGGAAACCUCUUACAAAUCUACACAUUGUGCUUGUCUUAUUCAACUCCACUUGAAAUUGUUUUGUUUUGGUGCCAUAGCUUCACUGGUCAUGGUUUGGUUACGAAAAUAAUGCAAGUACACCGGUUAUUAGCAGUGGAGCUAAAGUUGUGAAUCAAUGCAAUGUCAUGAAUCAGUGUGAGAAACUAAUUAAUGUAGCCUCCCAUGUCCUACUUUGAUUGGUUUCUGUGAUAGCUUUUAUCAAGACAUUGAAAAACAAGUAGUUAGACUUUCUGUACCCACAACAUGUACUAUUUGACUAAUAUGUGUUCCUCUGAAAAAUCUGAGAUUUUUGGUGUCAUUUCUACUUGAAGCACAUUAGAGAUCAAAAUAGUUUGGUGAAUCCAUUGCAGAAUAUUGAAAUUCUCUUCAUUUCUUUCCUACAUUUCAUUAUCAUAUUUUCUCAAGACCCAUCGAAGAUGGACUUUAUAAUAUCAACUAUCAUCUUUUUACAUACAGGAUUUCAUUAUUGAGUAAAAUCAGAUACAAAGGAGAAAAUCUUUGUUUGAAGGCUGUUCACAAGACAAAGUACCACUUUGUUAUUUGUUGUCAGUUGGUAACAUUUCAAUUUCCACUGAACUUGGUAUAAUCAAUUAAUGGCCUUUAGAUUUGUUAGAAUCAGUAACUGUAUGUCCUGCAAGAAAAUGUGGGCUUGUUUCUCUCUACACCCCCAAAUCUUUUCUGUUUUUCCAGUCUCUCCAAGAGAGCAUUGCUGAUUCCUGUAUUUUGUUUGUGACGUGUGUAAACCCGGUGUCAUGAUGUUUAUUAUUUUACAAUGUUAAUGCAAGAUUUAUUGUGAUAUAAAUAUCAGAUAUUUAUUCAGACAUUUUAAGUGUGACGAGCACAAAGUGAAAACUCAUUUACUGGACAUCAAACAGCUUUGAUCCACUUUUCUUUACCUUAAAAUGCUAGUAUAUCACAAUUUUAAUCAUCUGGGUCCAAAGUUUGAAUGUCAAUAUUCAUCAUGUACUGGGUUAAUGUCCCAUCGUUGAUACUAUAGAACUGAAGGGAGAUUUUGAAUUCCAUUUCAAUGAAUGUAGGUGUUACUUCGACAUUUCAAGUUGUUCGGUUUUAUUAGUACAUUUACAAUGUGUAUGCACCAGAUCAUAUGUAAAUCACUUGUAUACAGACAUUACAACUGGCUUCCUAGAAUCUAGCAUAAAUUAAUGCAAUAGUGAAACAUUCAUCAUUUAAUUUAUUUAUAAUUUAUUUACAAUUAAAUUGCUAUUUCAUAGAACACAGGAUACAAUCCUGCUCAUUUUUUCAUAUUCAGCAUAAUAAAUUCUAUCACGAUUCUUUAAUGGACUUUUACCUCAUGAUAUCAUUCUUUAAAGUCUUGUUUAAAAAUCUCUGAAAGAAAACGGUAACACAAAAUUCAGGUUUUAUCAGUCCCUUUAAUAAGAAUAAUUUAAAUAAGAUGAGAAACAAAUAAAACCUUGUAUGUACAUGGUACAGGAGAUGUAAAAUCAAGUCUGAAGUAAAAUUACUCAAGAAUACUGUAUAUAAACAAGCUCUUUGUACAACCACUGCACUUUUGUAACACUGUCUUAAAGAAAUUCUGUAUUAUUAUUUGUUCAAUGUUACAGGAUACAUGUAAGAGAUGCCAUUUGAAUCUGUUAAGAAGUAGAUUUCAAUUGUAAAAUUCCAUUUUCAGUAGAUCAAUUUUUCUUGUUCUUUUUCCUUUAAUUUUUACAUAAGUCUUUAAUAGAACUUGUACAAUUUUAAUAUUCAUCUUAAAGGCAAUGUGCCAUUGUACAUGUAAUCUGUGUACACGGUGUGUGAUAAGGAGGGAUGGCAGAGACCCAUGUCUAUAGAGAUCAAUAUUUCUAUGAUGGUAGUCCUCCUCAUUGUGGAAGAAUGAAAUCCUGUAAGGGUUGAAACUAGGAGCAACAACACCCUAGAGACCUUCACAUAACAUGACCUUUAACUGUAGAGGAUUCUGUAUUGUUACUGACAUUAUUUGUACACUUAAAGUGUGUAAUUGUGACAGUCAUAUUUUGUUUAUGCUUUAGUGUGAUGUGCUAACUCAGUUUUAUUUUGUAGAAUGUCAGUGUUCCCUAUUACCCGUAAUGAGGGAUACAAUCCCCCAAAUAGAUGAAAUUGAAAGCUUCUUGUUUCUAACCAUGUAUAUAAUUCUACAGAACACUGUAGAGGAGCCCACUUAUUAUAAUAUCACACUAUAUCAUAUCCUGCUUCUUAUCUUUUUUCAAUGUACAAUAUUUUACCUAUAUGAAUUAAUUUGAGGUGAUCCAAGUUAUUGUAUUGACAGCUGGUUUGAAUGUUUUACAGUAUGAUUAACAUUUACAUAUGACAAUUUUUUUAUAUAACUUCCUUUAUCAUAAGAGAAUUGAUUCAUAUCAGCAUUUUGUUGUUUGUCUAACGAUCCGAAGAUAUCCCACUUUUGGUUUAGACGAAACUUAUCUCAAAAAUAUCAAAAUUUUUGCCAUCUCGGUUAUUAUGAUAUCCUGAUUAUGAUAUUUUUUCUGGAAAAUUGAAUUUCUUAAUAAGUGGGUUCCACUGUACCAGAUUUUACAAAGAUGUAUGUAUUUAUUUGUGACACUUAUAGUCAAUAAAUAGAACUGUAAAAUGGCA